AGGGGCGCGGAGCCGAGCCGGGCCCGCGCCGCGCGCCCCGCCGGGCGGGCUUCGGGCUGCGCCAGCAAGCCGGGCCGGUGGCGCCCUCGUCGAAGACCCCGCGCCAGAUCCUGAGGCAGCGAGUCUCUGGGGCAGGUGUUCCCAGGUGCGGACUUGAGACAAAGGAACAAGGAAGCAGGGCCUCCCUGAGUACAGAGGAGAACACUGCAGUCCAGGAUGGCCCAGUCGGCCCUUCCAAAGUCGGGCAGCUGGUUCGGGCCGAGCCCCGACUGCGAGAGUGAGGCACAUGGCCCCUGCAGACCGGGCCGCGGAGGGUCCCAGGCUUGAGGACCCGUCGGCCCCCCACCUCUUUGGAAAGGCAAGGAGAGGAGCCUGCGCUGGUAGUGAGCCUCCACUUCUGCCCUUGACUGCAACGCCCUAGUGCCCUCCUGGCUUAGUCAUGGCGAAGCUGGAAACACUGCCUGUGCGCGCCGACCCAGGGCGGGAUCCCCUCCUGGCCUUUGCCCCGCGGCCCUCUGAGCUCGGACCCCCGGACCCUCGCCUGGCCAUGGGCAGUGUGGGCAGUGGGGUGUCCCACGCCCAGGAGUUCGCCAUGAAGAGUGUGGGCACCCGCACAGGGGGUGGGGGCAGCCAGGGCGGUUUCCCUGGCCCCCGUGGCAGUGGCAGUGGGGCCAGCAGGGAGAGGCCGGGCCGCUACCCAUCAGAGGACAAGGCUCUCGCCAACUCCCUCUACCUCAAUGGCGAGCUGCGGGGCAGUGACCACACAGAUGUCUGUGGGAAUGUGGUGGGCAGCAGUGGUGGCAGCAGCAGCAGCGGCGGCAGUGAUAAGGCCCCACCACAGUAUCGUGAGCCCAGCCACCCACCUAAGCUCCUGGCCACCUCUGGCAAGCUAGACCAGUGCUCAGAGCCGCUAGUUCGGCCUUCAGCCUUCAAGCCUGUUGUACCCAAGAACUUCCACUCCAUGCAGAACUUGUGCCCCCCGCAGACCAAUGGGACCCCUGAGGGACGACAGGGCCCUGGUGGUCUCAAGGGCGGGCUGGACAAGUCUCGGACCAUGACUCCAGCAGGCGGGGGUGGGGGCGGCCUCUCAGACUCUGGCCGGAACUCACUCACAAGUCUGCCCACCUACAGCUCCAGCUAUAGCCAGCACCUGGCGCCCCUCAGUGCCUCCACCAGCCACAUCAACCGCAUCGGCACUGCCAGCUAUGGGGGUGGCAGCGGCAGCAGUAGUGGUGGUGGGUCGGGCUACCAAGACCUGGCAACCUCUGACAGUGGGCGGGCCUCCAGCAAGAGUGGGUCCUCCUCAUCCAUGGGGCGGCCAGGCCACCUGGGAUCGGGGGAGGGCGGAGGUGGAGGCCUGCCAUUUGCAGCCUGCUCACCACCCUCGCCCAGUGCUCUGAUCCAGGAGCUAGAGGAGCGGCUGUGGGAGAAGGAGCAGGAGGUGGCAGCUCUGCGGCGCAGCCUGGAGCAGAGCGAGGCGGCGGUGGCCCAGGUGCUGGAGGAGCGGCAGAAGGCGUGGGAGCGCGAGCUGGCGGAGCUGCGGCAGGGCUGCAGCGGGAAGCUGCAGCAGGUGGCCCGCCGCGCUCAGCGUGCCCAGCAGGGCCUACAGUUGCAGGUGCUGCGGCUGCAGCAGGACAAGAAGCAGCUGCAGGAGGAGGCAGCCCGGCUGAUGCGGCAACGGGAAGAGCUUGAGGACAAGGUGGCGGCCUGCCAGAAGGAGCAGGCCGACUUCCUGCCCCGGAUGGAGGAAACUAAGUGGGAGGUGUGCCAGAAGGCUGGGGAGAUUUCCCUCCUGAAGCAGCAGCUGAAGGACUCGCAGGCGGACGUGUCCCAGAAGUUGAGUGAGAUAGUGGGGCUGCGCUCGCAGCUGCGGGAGGGUCGGGCCUCGCUGCGGGAGAAGGAGGAGCAGCUGCUCAGCCUGAGGGACUCCUUCAGCAGCAAACAGGCCAGCCUGGAGCUGGGGGAGGGCGAGCUGCCUGCGGCCUGCCUCAAGCCGGCGUUGACCCCCAUGGACCCUGCCGAGCCGCAGGAUGCGCUGGCCACCUGUGAGAGCGACGAAGCCAAGAUGCGCCGUCAGGCUGGGGUGGCCGCUGCUGCCUCCUUGGUUUCCUUGGAUGGGGAGGUGGAUGCUGGUGGGGAGAGUGGGACACGGGCCCUGCGGCGGGAGGUGGGGCGGCUGCAGGCUGAGCUGGCGGCUGAGCGGCGAGCCCGGGAGCGCCAGGGCGCCAGCUUCGCAGAGGAGCGCCGCGUGUGGCUGGAGGAGAAGGAGAAGGUCAUCGAGUACCAGAAGCAGCUGCAGCUUAGUUAUGUGGAGAUGUACCAGCGCAACCAGCAGCUGGAGCGGCGGCUGCGAGAGCGUGGGGCUGCGGGAGGUGCCAGCACGCCUACCCCUCAACAUGGCGAGGAGAAGAAAGCCUGGACCCCCUCCCGCCUCGAGCGCAUUGAGUCCACAGAAAUCUGAUUCCCUAGCUGGGCAUGUGGCCUUUUGACAAAUGCCCUGUCAAAGGCCAGAGUCCCCAGUAUCCCGUCCCCGCCAUCUCUCUUCCCCACAUCUCCUACCACAUCCCCAGACCAAAGAGGUUCUCAAAGCAGCUGUGACUAGGUCCCCCCUCUACCACUCUACCAGCUCUACCACUGCCCCUUUGGGCAGCCCACUCGAACCCUCUUCCCAAGGAGGGAAUGGGGGAGGGCAGAGUGAGUGGGGAUAAGGGGCCCCGGCAGCAGGGGAGCCAUGCUCCCUUUCUUGGCCCUCCCUCGUUGGAGAUGGAGGCGGCAGGCCUGCAGUGCCAUGAGGUGACCCAACCCUUAGGUGGGUCUGGGCUGCUACUGUUGGCCACCCUGUGUCCAGUGAUGCUCUCUAUGCUCACCUCCUAGGCCACGUAGCCUGAGGGGGCCUGCAUGGGGUCUGCCAAAGCUGACAGACCUUGGGCUCCUGGCCUCUCUCCUUCCUGCACUAGUCUCCCUCCCUGGGCAGACUGGCGGGACAAGUGGGAGCAGACGGCCUGUCUGUGGUUGAGAGGGCUACCUGUCCAGCCCCUCCCCACAAGGUCUCUUGGGCCCAGGCCUCAGAGCCUGGUCUGGUCCUGAGUAUGGGUCCAUAUGUGUGUGCUGGGGGAGGGAAGAGCUGGGGCUGGAGGCUUAGUGCCCAGGGAAGAUCUGCCCUCCUGUUCUUGGGAAGGGUCACCUGGAGGCUUCUUAGCUCUACCCUCACCCUUCUGGCCAGGAUCCACAGGGCGACAGCCCCAUCUGCUUGGUUGACCCCACACCCGGGGCCACUGUCCAGCUCUAACUACAGCUAUUAAGUGCUACCUGCCUCUCAGGCACUACCCUCACCCAGUUUCUGAGGUUAUAUGAGUGUCUGUGAUGUCUUCCUGUGUCUUCCCCCACUCAAUUCCCCCAGCCUCCUUUCAUGC